AUGCUAAGAAGAGCCUUCUCAACCUCCAGAGCCGCCAGAAACUACUCGGACACCAUCAAGAACCUGAAGAUCAACAAAGACACCAAGGUGAUCUUCCAAGGUUUCACUGGAAAACAGGCCACUUUCCACGCUGAGCAGGCCCUGGCCUACGGUACCCAGAUUGUGGGUGGUACGAACCCAAAGAAGGCUGGCCAGACCCACUUGGACAAGCCUGUGUUUGCCACGGUGGCGGACGCUAUCAAGGACACCGGGGCCACUGCCUCGGGAAUCUUUGUUCCACCGCCAAUUGCUGCCAGUGCCAUUGAGGAAGCUGUCGCGGCAGAGAUCCCAUUGGUGGUGGCCAUCACCGAGGGAAUCCCUCAAUCCGACAUGCUGCGUAUUUCCCAGCUGUUGAGAACCCAAUCCAAGACCAGAUUGGUCGGACCUAACUGUCCGGGUAUCAUUGCUCCAGAGGAGUGCAAAAUCGGCAUUAUGCCCCAGAAUAUCCACAAGAAGGGUAGAGUGGGAAUUGUGUCCAGAUCGGGUACCUUGACCUACGAGGCCGUCAACCAGACCACAAAGGUCGGUCUUGGCCAGUCUUUGGUGAUCGGAAUGGGAGGAGACCCAUGCCCGGGCACCAAUUUCAUCGAUGCUCUGACACUCUUUUUGGAUGACCCUCACACCGAGGGUAUCAUUAUGAUUGGAGAAAUCGGAGGAGAGGCCGAGGAAGAGGCUGCCGACUUCCUCAAGCAGUACAACCUCACCAGAGACGUGCCUAAGCCCGUUGCCUCCUUCAUUGCCGGUGUCACUGCUCCACCAGGAAGAAGAAUGGGCCACGCCGGUGCUUUGAUUUCCGGUGGUAAGGGUACUGCCAAGUCCAAGAUCGAGGCUCUCACUGCUGCCGAGGUCGCUGUUGUGCCUUCCCCGGGCAGACUUGGCAAGGCUCUUUACGACCAAUUUGUCGAGAGAAAACUGUUGUAG